UGCCAGUAAGCUUGCCAGGGGGCUGGGGCUGUGUGUGUGGUUAGGUGUGUGGAGAGGGUUUAUCAGGCAGUAAUAGACAGUCCUCCUUUAGUGCUGCCACUCGCGACUGAAGCAAGCAGUACCUUUAAGUGACAAGAGUGAUUGCUGAUUUGACUAGUGUGUGGUAGGUCAGCUUUUGAAAAAGAAAAGAAAAUCUUGCUGCGUUGUUUGUGUAAAUCUUUUGGAGAGCACUGGAUACUCUGGUGUUUAGGCUUCACUGUCUGCUAGGCCUCACUGACUGUCUGAGACAAUAAUUAAAUGGAUCCUAGCUCAACAGCAGCAUCUUAGAAAAGAAAGGCACACUGCACAUGUUCAGAGGCAGCCUGCUUGAAACUUGGCUACCAUAAUUGUAGACCAUGUGGUGAGGGAUUAUUCCAACACUAUAAGAAGCAGGCUGGUGAGUGACCUUUGACAGGCCUCUGUGUUUAUUUCACUACACUCAAGCAAAAGGAUGAGAGUGUCAGGUGUGCUGAGGCUCCUAGCGGUGCUCUUCACUUUAGUCACAACCUGGCUAUUUGCCAGUGCCUACUUCAGCCACACAAGCCUGAAAUCUGUCAGCCUGAGGAGCUGGCUGGGGUCUGCACCCAAAACACCAACGAAACCACACGCAGUCCGAAACAAGUGCAACUCCAAAAAUAGCUGCCCUGACAAUACCUUUUCCUUCAGAAUAAUCAGUGGUGCAGCCAAUGUCGUUGGACCUUCCAUGUGCUUUGAGGACAUGAUGUUGAUGAGCAGCGUGAAAAAUAACGUUGGCCGAGGUUUAAACAUUGCUCUUGUCAAUGGAACCAAUGCGAAACUCAUCAAAACAGCUUCCUUUGAUAUGUAUUCUGGAGAUAUUAAGAGUUUAUUGGACUUUCUAAAAGGCAUUGACAGAGGUGCUCUAGUGCUUGUAGCCUCUUAUGAUGACCCAGCAACAAAGCUAAAUGACGAAGCACGGGCGAUAUUCAGUGAACUAGGAAGCAGCUACGCUGUCAAACUGAAUUUUCGGGACAACUGGAUAUUACUUGGUGGGAAGGGGCUCAAAAACAAAAGCCCAUUUGAACAGUACUUGAAAAACGACAGAGAGACAAACAAAUAUGACGGCUGGCCUGAAAUUCUAGAAAUGGAGGGCUGUGUACCUAAGAAGCUGGACUAGCAAUGAGCUAAAUUCAGAGCAACAGACACCAGUGGCUUUAACUAAUGGACUUUUCUCUUUGCUUGGGUGUGGCUGGGGAGGGGGGGGGUGUCAUUCCUGGUGGUUCAACCCUCGUUCCUACAAGCCUUUGAACAUACAGUACAAGCUGCCGUGCUGAUUUCAAAUGCGAUUACAAAAAGGAGUAGCUUGUGGCCCAUAGGAUUUAAGUGCACUGUUCUGUCCAUGUUAAUAAUGGGUUCUAUGGAGGAGGAGGAGGAGGAGGAGAAGCAAGCCUGGUAAAAAGCAUUCUGCUUUCAGCUUGUCUAGCACUUCUGAGAGGAGGCAAAAGACCCAUGGUCAGGAAGCUCCAAGACCUAUGAAAAGCAAGACAUUUUCAGCCUUGGAGAGCUGCUUUGGCUGAAGACACACACAAUCUAGAGAGUGAACCCACUGGGCUAAGAAUGUACAGUAAACUCUGUUUUUAUACUGACAUCUGUCUCUUAGAGUACUGAUGAAUCAAGCACUGAUAUUUAGGUCUCUCCUCUUCCUGCUCAGCUGCUAUGGCUGCCACCAACACCUCCUCCUCCUCCUCUGUCUGGGAAUCCACGCAUCCUAGAGCUGGGUGCCUAAGACAGGAGUUGGUGGAAUUGGAUGCACCGCUUACAGGUUGCUGAUGGAGACACAUUUUUUAAAAUGCUGCCUUAUAUUAAAAACUCACUGCAAAUAGAAAACCCGCACAGCAGGCAAAGGACUUUUUAUGCCUUAUGAGCUAAUUUUCUACUAGCAUUGCAUUUUUUGUAUUGCGGUGGAAAUGUACAAUGUGGUAUCUCCCACCUGCAGCCUGAGGUGGUACAGGACACCCCACUGUCUCAGCCUCCAACCACCUCAUUCCACUGCACAUCUAGGUGAAGCCUCAGUUUAUCUGGUUGCAGGCGCUUUGUUUCAAAGCCAGAGGAAGAGGAAUUGGCAGCAGCAGUAGUGGCUAUGCAGAUGAGUCUGCAGGGAAGGGAAGACUAACCUAUCAGCAUUCAGUUCAUUGACAUGCUAAAGACAGACAUUAACAUGAAAACAGAAAUCAUGGAACAUUCAUAGCACAGUGAGUUCUCAAUACAUUGUGUGUCCCUUUACGUGGUUCUUUAGAUAAGAAGGGGAAUUUAACUAUACAAUUUCUUGUUUAUUUAAGUCAGUCUUCUUUGUUGUUUGAGUUUCACCCAUGUUUAAAUUUCCUUCAGAUGAUGGUUUUAUACCCCUUCUAGCUAGAAUGAUUUACUCUUUGUUUAGGGUUAUUACUACUUCUAUUAAACAUUUAUUGAACAGAAGCCUGCACAACUUGUGACCACAAGUCAAAUACUGCUUAUCACUUGGGAUUGGCAGGGGUUUAAUAAACCUUCUGGUUUUGUUGUUGCUAUCUUGGGUCUGCAAAAACAGGAAGCUGGAAGAUUUACAUGACUGGAGGGCAGUGUUAAAGAGUCACUAUUAUUACCUGGACCCCAUCUACGAGUGUGUAAGAAAAAAAAAAUUAUUUCUCCAUUUGUUUUUAUUAUUAAAAGUUUGAUUUGUUUCAUUA